GCCACAAUUUGAGGGUAGGAGAGCCAGCCCAAACCCCCAACUUUAAACCCACGCCUACCCAACAACCCAGCCUUGUCUCUCCCUCUCUCUCUCUCUCUCUCUCUCUCAUGGAAAUAUCCCAUUGCUGGUUAUGAAGGUCCAGUAAUGGGGGAGCCGAAACGUAGCACCAGCGUUGCAACAUCAUCAGCGCCUCCUCCACCACCACUACCAAGCCAGCCAUUGUCCCUUGUCCAGCCUUCCAACAAGAAGAAACACAAACCUGUCAAAGUGUUUCGAGUUUUUCGAUCUGUUUUCCGAUCUUUUCCCAUCAUAACACCUGUUUGCAAGCUGCCAUCGCUCCCCGGUGGAGUUUUACCAGAUAUCAGCCGGAAUGCUUCGGCGAAUCGCAUAACUGGUACAUUGUUUGGAUACCGUAAAGGAAGGGUAAGCCUGUCCAUACAGGAAAACCCAAGGACCUUUCCCACGUUGGUGGUGGAGUUGGCCAUGCAAACAAACGUGUUACAAAAGGAAAUGAGUUUGGGGAUGGUAAGAAUAGCCCUGGAAUGUGAAAAGAGGGGGGAUAAAGACAAGACCAAGCUCUUAGAUGAGCAAUUAUGGACCAUGUUCUGUAAUGGGAAGAAGACGGGUUAUGGCGUCAAGAGAGAGGCCUCAGAAGAGGAUCUACAGAUCAUGGAGCUCCUCAAGGCCACCUCAAUGGGUGCAGGCGUCUUGCCUGGAAAAUCUGACUUGGAUGGACCGGAUAGCGAGUUGGCAUACAUGCGAGCCCAUUUUGAACGCGUCGUUGGCUCCAAGGACUCAGAGACCUUCUACAUGUGUAGCCCUGAUGGGAACAGUGGACCUGAAUUGAGCAUUUUCUUUGUUAGAGUAUGAUCUUUCAGGUAAUUUAUGAGGUGUAGUGUUUGUAGAUAUUUAUAAUAUUAGUGAGGAAAGAAGAAUAGGGAGAGGAAUAUUGUAGGGUUAUUAUCUUAGGACACCAAAUAAAGAAGAGCUACUAAUGCAUUCUUUUCCUUGUCAUAUGUGUACAUUUCAAUACAAUGCUCUCUUCCUUUCUUCUUAUUAUUCA